GAUGCUCUUAUCCCAUCAGAGGCGGGAGUUGCUCUCCCGACCAUCCGAGCUCCGGCAAUGUCUGCGCCCAGCGUGACCCCCAUCCCCAUCACCACCAUCUCCGAGCUGAAGCAGCACCACUCGCAGCUCGUCCGCCUCGGCCUCGCCUCGCACCCCGCCCACGCGCGCCGCCUCCUCGCCUUCCUCGCGCGCGACCCGGCCGGCCUCCCCUACGCCGCGCGCCUCCUCGCGCACCACCCGGACCCGCACCCGGCGCUCUUCAACCCGCUCCUCGCCUCCCUCCCGCCGCGCCACGCCGCGGCGUUCCUCUCCCUCAUGCUCUCCCUGCCCCUGCACCCCGACCACUUCACCCUGCCCCGCAUCCUCCCCGCCGCGCCGCUCCCGCUCGCCGCCCAGCUCCACGCGCUCCUCCUCAAGCUCAACUUCCACUCCCACGCGCACUCCUUCAACGCGCUCCUCGCCGCCUACCUCGCCAACGCGCGCGCGGACCUCGCCUUCCGCCUCUUCGGCGGCGGCGGCUCGUCGGCGGUCCUCGACGUCGUGUCGUGGACCACCAUGGUGGGCGGGCUGUGCAGGCUGGGCCUCGUGGACGACGCGCGGGAGCUGUUCGACGGAAUGCCCGAGAGAAACCUUAUUUCCUGGAACGCGAUGAUCUCCGGGUAUGUCAAGGCUGGGCGGUUCUUGGACGCGCUGGAGGUGUUUGACCAAAUGAGGGCGACGGGGCUGGAGGGGAAUGGGUUUGUCGCGGCGAGCGCGGUGGUGGCGUGCACGGGUGCUGGCGCGCUGGCCCGUGGGAGGGAGGUGCACCGGUGGGUGGAGCAGAGCGGGAUACAGAUGGAUGCGAAGCUAGCCACAGCGGUGGUCGACAUGUACUGCAAGUGUGGGUCUGUCGAGGAGGCAUGGCGCGUAUUCCAGCGGCUGCCGACGAAGGGGCUCACGUCGUGGAACUGUAUGAUCGGUGGGUUGGCGGUGCACGGGAGGUGCAAGGACGCCACUGAGUUGUUCCACCAGAUGGAGAGGGAAGAUGUGGCGCCCGAUGAUGUCACGCUGGUGAACGUCCUCACUGCCUGCGCCCACACCGGCAAUGUCAGCGGCGGUCGCCACUACUUCGACUACAUGGUGCAGAGAUACGGCAUUGAGCCCAAGAUGGAGCAUUACGGCUGCAUGGUCGACCUGUUCGGGAGGGCAGGGCUGCUGGACGAAGCCAAGAAGGUGAUCGACGAUAUGCCGAUGGAGCCUGACAUUGGUGUCCUCGGAGCACUCUUCGGAGCAUGCAAGAUCCACAGGGACCUCGAUCUAGGCGAGGCGAUCGGAUGGCGUGUCAUCGAGCUGGAUCCCCAGAACAGCGGGCGGUACGUGCUGCUGGCCAACCUCCUUGCCAGCGCCGGCCGAUGGGGAGACGUGGCCAGGGUCCGGCAGCUGAUGGACGAGCGCAACGUGAGCAAGGAGGCGGGGCGGUCCGUGAUCGAGAUCGACAGCGAGGUCUGCGAGUUCCAGUGCGGGACCCUGCGCCAUCCCGAGGAGAAGGAGAUAUUCGCCAUGGCGAAGGACAUGAUGAGGAAGAUCGGGCUGGAGGGCUACGCGCCGGACACCAGCGACGUGCUGCACGACGUCGCGGAGGAAGCGAAGGAGGCGUCGCUGCUGUACCACAGCGAGAAGCUGGCCAUCGCGUUCGGGCUGCUGCGCACGAGGCCAGGUGAUACGAUGCGCGUCACGAAGAACCUGCGGGUUUGUCGAGACUGCCAUGAGGCUACCAAGUUGAUAUCUCGAGUGUUUGAGCGGGAGAUCGUGGUGAGGGACAGGAACCGGUUCCAUCAUUUCAGGGAUGGGGUGUGUUCGUGUAAUGAUUAUUGGUGAGUAUACUCGACACAUAUGCAGAAAAUCGUCUUGGUGAAAGUAGAUACCGCCUUAUUCGGGAAAAUAACCCCUAGAGAUUUUAGAUCCAAAAUCCAAAUGCACAUUGAGAAACAAAAAAAGAAAAAUCUUGACGUGAAUAGUGUAAAUUUUGCUGUUGUCUUUUAUAUGUAUAUAGCAUUGUGUACUCUGAGUUUGGAUGUAAAUUUUUCAAAGGUCA